AUGUCGAAAAUGCUGCAAGAAGAUGUUCCAAAUAGCUUCAUUCUCUAUCAACACUCUCAGCUCUUCGAGAUUUUACACAGAGCAGUUGACACAGGCCAGUUCCAAGAAGGAGAGCGUGGGACUCGUGUGGUGUUUUCGUGGGCUAAAAUUAUCGGGCAGUACCUGUUCUGGUUUGGUUCAUUCUAUGUUCAGUACCAGGUCAGUGUUCCCUUUCUUGGCGCCUUUAUUAACAUUCUUAUCUUUAGUUAUCGUUUCAAAAGUAUUAUUCCAGGUUUACUCUUGGAUCUGCAAGCAAAUCUUUCUGAUACUUGCUUCGCCUUUCAUGUGAAUCCAGUAUUGUCUUUGUAG